AUGGGAGUGGAAGAAGAAGAACAACAAAACCACCACCAACAACAACCGACCGACUCCGGCGUAUUUUGCUCGCUCGACGCCUUUCUCCAAGACAGCUUCGACUAUGUCGUCGUGGGCGGGGGAACGGCCGGCGCCGUCGUGGCCGCCCGCUUGAGCGAAGACCCCCAUGUCCGCGUGGGAGUCCUCGAAGCCGGCCAGAACCGUCUCGGGGAUCCUCUAGUCGAGACGCCGGGGAUGCUCGCGCUGCUCCUGCGGAAUCCGGACUACGCCUGGGAUUUCACCACGGUGCCUCAGAAAGCGAACAAGAAUAAAUCUCACCACGUCACGCGCGGCAAAGCUCUGGGGGGAUCCAGCGCCAUCAACUUCAUGGCCUACGGCCACCCCUCGGCCCGCGACCUGGACGACCUGCAAGACCUGGGCAUCUCCGGGUGGUCGUGGGACGAGAUGAUGGCAGGGCAGUACUUUCGCAAGGUCGAGCACUACGAUCCUCCUCCUUCUCGCGCUGUGUCGGAGGAACCAGACAUCGACCACCCCGUCCUCGACGCGGCGAUGCACGGCACCACGGGCCCCAUCCACACCUCCACCGCGACCGCGAGGUUCCCUGCCGAAGACGCCCUCCUCGCAGCCCUGGAGGAGACGUCUGGUCACCCCCCGCGGGUGCCCAAGGACCCGUACUACUCGGGCGACCACCAGGGCUGGUACGCUUCGCUGAGCGCCAUCGACCGUAGCAGCGUCAACAGAAGGGGCACCCGCAGCUAUGCCGCCACGGGCUACAUCGCCCCGAUCCUGGAUCGACCGAAUCUCAAGAUCCUGACCGAAGCCGUCGCCACCGAAGUGAUCAUCCUUGACGACAAUGACACCGCCGAGACAGCUCCUCGAGCGCGAGGGGUGGUGUUCGCGCACGGGGGCCGUAAGGACCAGUUCCACAGCGUCCACGUCAAGGCCGAAGUCGUCCUCUGCGCCGGUUCCAUCCAGACCCCGCAACUGCUGGAGCUCUCGGGCAUCGGGGACCCGGCGGUCCUGCGCGCGGCGGGUAUUGCUCCACGCGUGGACAACAUCCACGUCGGCGCCAAUGCGCAGGAGCACGUCAUGACCAAUGUGAGCUACGAACUCGCCGACGGGGAGGCUAGUCUGGACAGCAUCUACCUCGACCGGGCAUUCCUGCCCGCCCAGCAAGCACUGUACACCCGCUCGCGUGAAGGCGUACUGGCCAACGCCCCGAGCGUGAAUGGCUUCACAUCCUUCGCCGAGCUCGUGGAUGCGAGCACAUUGGAGCGGACCGUCUCCUCUCUCUCCCCGUCUCCUUCGUCAGCGUAUCCCGCCAUCGACUCCCAGCAGGCCGCAAUCCUGGCGUCGCGCCUCGCCUCCCCCGCCUCCUCGGCCAUCCAGUACAUCGUCAUCCCGGCCUUCUGCGACACGCUCAACGCCCACGCCGACAUGUCCAAGUUCAUGCCUGGCCCGCCACCGUCGUCCGCCAGAAAUCCCUGCGUCUCCCUGCAAGUCGUGCUUAUGUACCCGGCCUCACGGGGUUCCGUCCACAUCACCUCCAGCGACGCCUUCGCACCGCCGCGCAUCGACUACGGCCUCCUCGCGCACCCGGCCGACGUCGACGUCCUGGCCGCCGGCCUGGCCUUUGCCGACCGCGUCUUCCGCUCGUCUCCGCGUGUCGCGGGCAUGGUCAAACGCCGUGUGUACCCGGCGGAGGGGGUGGACGUUCAGGAUCCGAACACCGCGAAGGACGUCGUGCGUGAGGCGGUGACGCUGAUCAAUCACCCGCUAGGAACCUGUGCGCUGGGCAAAGUCGUCGAUGAGAGGCUGAGGGUCAUCGGUGUCGGGGGCUUAAGGGUCGUGGAUGCCAGUGUGUUGCCCAUGGAGGUGAGUGCGUUUCCCAUGGCCGCAGUCUAUGCUGUGGGGGAGAAGGGAGCCGCAAUGAUCAAAGAGGACCGCGGCACCCGUCCCGGGAAAUGA